AUGCGCAUGGGCAUGGGCAUGGGCAUGGCAGGACAGGGGCGGAUGGCGGUUGAUGGACCAGGAGGCCAGGCGUGGAGGGAGUGGUUUGGGGAGGAAGACCCUAUAGGAGGUCUGACCCCGCGAAUAGCUACAACAAUAAGAAGCUUGACGAACCCAUCUCUUCUCCAUCUGGACCUCCCGUUCUGCAUAUUCCUCCAAGUGACCUACCUGUCCAAGAGCUUGACAGAGGACGGAGUAGUCCUCCAUAUCACUUGCCCUAUUCCCCUCCUCAUAGAGCUGUUCUUCCAGAGCAGAUGGCUGUUACUUCUGUUCUUCCCGCACAACUUCUUCACCAGUCAUGCCCUCCCCACCAAACCUUGCCUCCUCCAGUUCUCCUCCAGCGCGCCGUCAAGCCAUCUUGCUCUCUCUUUGCGGGCUGCGGCGGGUCAAGCCUUUUGUGCCUCCUUGCCAUCCGUGCUUUACGUAUACACCCCAUACAUCCCACACAUCCCACACAUCCCACACUUCGCAUACAUACCCGCCUCCUCUCUCAGACGACAGCUCUACCAGCCAGGCGGACAGGGAUGGGCAAGGACAGGGAGUCCAACUCGCUACAGCAGGUUCCCUUCUUACUACUGCUACUCUGUUCUCCGUACUGACUACUACUACUGUGGCAGCCCUUCGCUCAGGCCCUCUCCGAUACUGCGCGGGCCUUUCGGCCGUUCAAUAAUGGCAAAUCCUUCAGCCCUACAUCCCCUAGCUCAAGCCUUUCCCUUCCUUUUUAUUCCUCGCAAGGUUGCACCCGGCCGAGACAACAGAGGAGCGGCCGUGGGUAAGGUAGUUCAACUCAACAGACGAUCCUUCCGGAAUACUUGCGGACUGUGUACUGUACCGCCUCAACACCCUCGGCCCGCUAAAAGCCACAACCAGUCCAUUCCUGUGUGGCCCAGCCUAUGGUCGAUGGUCUAUCGACCGAGGCUCAAUAGUGGGAGGUACAAGUGCGGAGUAGUUGGCUCGCCCCGAGCGGCGGUACGUCCAGUACCACUGUCCCACGCUACAGCGCAUGUUCAGGCCAUAGGGCCAGGUCGGUCAGGGGGCGAGCCGGCGGCUGUGUGGAGCACUGGAGAUUUGUUGCGUGCGUGGCCUCGGCCGCUCGGCGGGAUGACAUCUUAUUACCGUACGGCCCCUGGGCCUUACUUAGUAUACGGUUUGAUCCUUCUUCGAUAUACAAGCGACGUACUAUGGACUCGCUCACCGCAACGCCCCGUCCAUCCCGGUCCACGCAGAGAAGCAAUGGCAGGAGGAGAAAAGUCUAACUGA